AGAAUGAAGAAGCAGACAAAAAUAAACUCAGUCUUGGAGAAGAAACUUGAAGAACUCGAGUAUCUAAGUGAAUCACUCACUGUUGAUGAAGAUGAUCCCAGUGUCUACCGCGAUAUCGAACUCCGAGUUAUCUUCGCUAAGACCCUUUUAGCGGCUGAGAUUUCGUCGCGACCGCCAACGGAGACAGAAGGAGAAGAAGUCAGUGAAGAAAGGCUGAAACUUGGUUGCAUGGCUAAGAGGUUAAAAGAACUCGAAGAGGCUUUUACAACCAAUCGAUUCUCCGGUCGUGAUGAUGAGAGUAUGGAUAGUAAUGAUGGUGUUGGCGAUGGUGAAGCCGGUUCGGUUUACUCGUGGGUGAAUUCUUGUCAGGAGGAACUUGGUAAAGCAGAGGAAGAGAAGGAGGAGGAGGAGAAGUUGCUAUUGUUUCAAGAUGCUUCAUCGGAGGAGAAGAAAGGAGAUGAAGACGCUGAGCAGUGGCCAUUGUUUCAAGAUGCGUCAUCGGAGGAGAAGACAGAGGUUACGUUUCCAGCAGUACCGGUUAAGGAAGAGGUGGUGGUUAGAGAAGUGAUAGAGAAGAGGCGGUUUGCUUUUAUGGAUUUGAUCUGUUUCGGUUUAAUGAGUUUGAUUAUAACUUUACUAUUAGGGUAUAUUGGUGAUAUCACAGAGGAAGAUCCUUUUCUUACCCCUACUUAG